AUGGGUCAAUAUUUGUCCACCCAGGCGCCUACUCGGAAGGCGCAGUCCAUGCAGCCUCGCGCUGUCACCUACGAGUCCAAGGACAUUCCCAUCCCCGACGACUUCCUGCGCGGCCCGCCAGAGAAGCCAGUUACGUGUACCCCUGUCCCCUUCGCCACAUCCGACGUUCCCGAAUAUGCGAAAUGCUAUGCCGUCACGUUGGACAACGUCGUAUCACCAGAGGAAUGCGCCCAAUUGAUACAAUUGGCCGAGGAGUCGGUACUGCCCGCCUCGGAGGAUGAUCCCAACCAGGGUCCAUGGCGGCCCGCCAUGAUCGCUGUCGCCCCCGGCCUGGAGGGCCCCGCGCCCGGAUACAGAGAGAGCGACAGGAUCGUGUGGGACCGACAGGAGCUGACCGAUCGCAUUUGGGAGCGGUGCUGCCGGGCUGAGGGCCUGGCCGAGCAGCUCGCCGUUGUGAGGAGCGAUGAUGGAUACGGGCCUCUGGGACGGCCUGCAGGCCAGUGGGAGCUGAGCCGGAUCAACAAGAGGAUGAGGUUCCUCAGAUAUUCGCCUGGGCAGUUCUUCAAGCCUCACGUCGAUGGAGCUGUCUCGUACGAGGAGGAUGGCAACAUGUUCCAAACCCAGUAUACGGUACACCUUUAUCUGAAUGAUUCGGCAGAGGUGUCCCCAGGCAGCGAGCUUGUAGGCGGUGCCACCGGGUUCUUGUCAAGAGACCGAGAGCGUCGAAUUGACAUCAAUCCCAAGGGAGGGAGCGUUCUCAUCUUCCAGCAUAAGCGGCUGCUCCACGAAGGCGCCAAGGUGAAGAAGGGACAGAAGUUCACUGUACGGAUGGAUGUUCUGUAUAAGUGGGUAGAAGAUGCUGUCCCAGAUGCUGCAUAA